ACAGGUAUGGACAGUGAUUGUUAUAGUUUGUGCGAAAAACUCGUGCCCAAGAGCUACAUCCAACAAGGUAGAAAUGCAAAGACAGUCCAUCAGAGUAAAAUCAAACAUUUACUAGAACAGAGAAGAAUUCCUGAUGAGGGCUGGGAAGAUCAGACAAUAGAGUUGUUCCUCAGUGAGCUGGCCAUAAUGGACAGUAAUAACUUUCCUGACAACUGUGGAGUAGGGGAGAGAGAAGCAAGAAUUUUUUCUUCACUCGUUAGCAGACGUCAUUUCAGACUUGGUCAUGGAAUAGGCAGAUCAGGAGAGAUAACUGCUGUUCAACCCAAGGCAGCUGGAUCCAGCUUGUUAAUGACACUGACAAACAGCCUGGCUCUUCAUGCCAUAAAACUUUCAGGGAUUCAAGCUAGCAGUUGUUUUGUUGUUCCAAUGGCAACUGGAAUGAGUAUAGCAUUGAGCCUUCUUGCACUAAAACAAAAGAGACCAAAUGCCAAAUAUGUGUUAUGGCCUCGUAUUGACCAAAAAUCUUGCAUCAAAUCAAUCGUUACUUCAGGUUUUGAGCUGGUAGUAAUUGAAAAUGUGAGAGAUGGAGAUGAACUCAAGACAAAUUUAGAAGAAAUCCAGAAAAAAAUCCAGGAGCUGGGGCCUAGCAAUAUCCUGUGUAUUCUGACUACCACCAGUUGUUUUGCACCAAGAAUUCCAGACAAGUUAGAGGAAGUAGGAGAGAUGUGUAAGACACAAGACAUUCCACAUGUAGUGAACAAUGCAUACGGUCUACAGUGUUCCAAGUGUACCCACCUCAUACAACAGGCAUCCCGAUCCAGAGUAGACAUUUUUGUCCAAAGCACAGAUAAGAAUUUCAUGGUUCCAGUGGGAGGAUCAAUCAUUGCAGGAUUUGAUGAUCAACUCAUCCGUCACAUCAGCAAGUGUUACCCAGGUAGGGCCUCAUCUUCUCCCUCCACAGACCUCCUAAUCACCCUCCUCAGUAUGGGGGUCCAGGGAUACAAGGACCUCCUAAAAGAGAGGAAAACAAACUACAAAACUUUGCAAAUGAGGCUCAGUGAAUGUGCUCAGAGGCAUGGGGAACAUCUGCUUGCAACAUCUCACAAUGGGAUUUCAAUGGGUAUGAGCUUAUCAACAUUCCAGUGCAAUGAGGAGAGUGUCACAGACUUGGGAUCCAAACUGUUCACAAGACUUGUGUCAGGAACAAGGGUGAUUCCUGCAGAUGGGAAGAAGAGUGAGAUUUGUGGGCAGACCUUCACAAGUUUUGGUGCCCACUGUGAUGACUAUGGGUCACCAUAUUUGACUGCAGCAGCAGCCAUUGGAAUGACGUCUCGUGACGUGGACUUGUUUAUUACAAGACUAGAUAAAGUGCUAUCCAAAUGUGCCAAAACCAAACAGUCUAGUCAAAAAGAAUCUUCAGCUAUGAUUUAAAUAUGGAUACGAAUAUGGAAUAUUCAUUUUGAUUAUAAUGAAUAGUUUGUGGUUUUAAUUUCAAAGACAAGCAGGCUGUGUUGGAACUAAACUGGUCUGAACAUCACAAGUAUCCUUUCACAUUUUGUUUUUAGUGUAGAAAUUUCAUCUAAAAACAAGCAUUCUGUGAGUUGUGUGUAAACAACCCUGAGCCCCCUACUGGUACGUGCUGUAAUUCUGUUAAAAGUUAUAAAAGUGAAAGAAAACAAGAUCUUUAUCUGUAAAUCAUCAAUAUAGAAAUUUCAUGGCAAAUAAAUAAGUGCGAUAUAUGCAAGUGUCUAGAAAAAAUUCUGAAAGGAAGGGGGCAGAGACUGACUGACAGACAGAGGGAGAGACAGACUUACAGCUAUAGAGGAAACCUAUAGUUUUACUGAUGGGGGCACAUAAUUGUUUAUACAUGUAUCUGUAAAGAUCUGAAGUUAAGAAUAACUUGGAGUUAAAUUAUGAUAAGCACAGACCAUUGUUAUGCCAAGACUGGGCAGAACAAAUGAAACAUAAUUAGAUUAUAUUUGUUAGAAGAUAAAAAACAAACGGAAUUAGGAAAUGGAUAACAUAAGGUGAAUGAGAAAUCAAGGGGUUAAUAUGUUACAAUGUGAUUGAAUUUGAUAUAGAAAGCACAAAGAAAUUCACUUUUACAAGGAUACCCACUCCCCCCCCCCCCCCCCAACCCGGGGC